AGCCGGAUAUUGGCGACAUCUAUAGAGAUUCCCUCAAAGCAUAUGAAGAGUAUGACGCGUGUUUAACUACUACUAUAUACGGUGAAACAUAUUUGGACCCAGAAAAAUGUAAAGCCAGAGGUUUUGACCCAAUCAAAGCAUGUGAGGAAGAAGAAGAAAGGACCAAUUUGUCUAUGGAAUGGAUUGAAAGAACAACAAAAGAGAAAGGAUUUCGCGCUCAAUUCAAGGAAUAUCUUGCUAAAGUUCCGCCAGAAUUAGUAAAUAACGAUCCGAAAUCCCUGAACUACUUGGAUUACUCCCCAAAGAAGAGAAAUAAGAGUAAUAAAAAGCUAUCAAAAAAGGCUUCGCAUCUUGUGGACCAUAAAAUCAAACUCGAAGAUGGAUUUUAUGUCACGGUCAUUGGUAUAAAGAUGAACAAAGAUAAUGUUUUUUUAGAGGUGGAGGAAAAAGUGGGAGAUGAAUUGGAAUAUUACGAAAUUGAGUAUCAGCAAGAUAUGUCGUCCAAUGAAACAUUGCUUAUUUCUGGAGAAAUGCCUGCAUAUAUGAACUUUAUUCUUCACAGUGACAGGUAUAAGUCUUAUUAA